CCACGCCCCCUCUCCGGGUUCAUUCACGUGCUCCUCAGCUGCCAACGUGCCUGCUGCUCAUCUAGGUUUGUCAGCCUUUUUUCCCCCGGUGCGAGCUUCAGUUUAGAGCCCACCAUGCCUGCAGUUCUGCUGGGAGAAGAAUUCCCAAACUUCGAGGCGGACACCACCUCUGGAAGGAUCAAAUUUCACGAUUUUCUGGGCGACUCUUGGGGUAUCUUGUUCUCCCACCCGAGGGAUUUCACUCCCGUCUGCACCACCGAGCUCGCACGUGCCGCCAAGCUCAGCGAUGAGUUCAAGAAACGAGGAGUGAAGAUGAUCGCCUUGUCCAUCGACAGCGUUGAGGAUCACAACAACUGGAGCAAGGAUGUGAUGGCGUAUGCCAACGAGGCCGACAGCCCUCUGCCUUACCCCAUCAUCGCCGAUGACAAGCGAGAACUGUCUGUCCUGCUGGGCAUGCUGGACCCUGAUGAGAGAAACAAGGAUGGACUACCCCUGACUGCUCGUUGUGUGUUUGUGAUCGGCCCAGACAAGAAGCUGAAGCUGUCCAUCCUUUACCCAGCCACCACAGGGAGGAACUUUGACGAGAUCCUCAGAGUUAUCGACUCUCUGCAGUUGACUGCACAGAAGAAGGUGGCCACGCCGGUCGACUGGAAGCCUGGUGAGAAAGUCAUGGUCAUUCCUUCGCUCCCCGACUCUGAAGCUACCGCUCUUUUCCCCAACGGAGUAACGACCAAAGAGAUGCCUUCUGGGAAGAAGUACCUGCGCUACACUAAGAUCUGAAGACACAGAGAUAAAAGCAAAUGAAUAUAUACCUUGCUGCUUUAUACUUUCUGAAUCCGUUAUUCAUUCUGUAUGAAGAUUUGCAGAUUCCUCUGGUAUAACCAACCACUAGAUGUCCUCCAACCUUCAAAGAACCAUUUUUAUGUUGCUGCAGUACUCUCCUGUGCCAGUAGAUGGCACUAAGCGAACACGUUAACACCAACAAAUAGAACAGAAAUAUUCUUUUACUGGAGUGAAAGCAGCAACCUGUUAUAAACAACCUAAAAACAGGAAUAGUCAUAAACUGGGGUUGAUAUUUACACUUGCUGCCACAUCUAAGAUGGAAAGAACAGAUUAAUUCCAUCUGUUUCAUUUACAGGACAGAUUCAACCUUCAUUUUGUUCCUGCCUUUUUUUUCUGCCAAAUACUUUUAAACCUGUCUGUAUGUGUUGAUGUAGAACUCUUAAGAUCUGUUCGGCGAGUAUGAGAGUGAAGAAUUUUGAAAUGGUGAUAAAAAGAUGUAACCCUAAUUUGCUGCUUCGAUCUUCAUUGUGUAAAGAAAUGCAUUUAAACAAUAAUUAAAUUAAAAGUUAUUGGUUUAUCUUGAACAUUUGAGUUUUAUAAAACUGGAAUGAAUACAACAAUCAAGUUAGUUACAGUGUAAUUAAAGACAUCGUUAUUCGGUUCUGCUUAUUUAAACUAAAAUGAGUUUGUCUCUUCUAUGUCUAAAGGUUGUUUGCGAUUUUUUUCAAUUCCCAUAACCUCUCAGCUGUUUUCAGGCCUAAAGAAGUGUUCUGGAAAAAGUAAAAAAAAAAUCAAUCUUUCUGUUUAAUAUUUAUAAUAAAGUGAAUAGUUUUCCUUU